AUGUCAACCGAAAAUUGCUUGGUGAAAGCAAUAUACUCAUUCAAGGGUAAGAAUAAUGACGAGCUAUGUUUCAAGAAAGGCGAUAUUAUUACUGUUACACAAAAAGAAGAAGGAGGCUGGUGGGAGGGAACAUUAGGUGAAACCACAGGCUGGUUCCCCAGUAACUAUGUUACUGAACAUAAAGAUCCAUCAGGUUCUGUCACCACAUCACCAAUAAGAGCGGCUUCAGAGAUACAAGCCUUUAGAAAUGUGGUCCUUAAAGAUAUAAUAGAUUCUGAAAAGGCUCAUGUUGCUGAGAUGCAAGGUCUUGUAAGCAAUUUCUUACAACCCUUGGAGAACAGUGAUAUGCUUACCAGGGAUGAAUUUAAACAAUUGACUGGGAACAUAAAUGAAGUGUUACAAGUUCAUGAACAGUUCCUUGCUCUGCUUGAUGAAUGUGCUACAAAAACAGGGCCAGAUCAGCGAGUAGGAGGGCUUUUCCUCCAGUGGGCUCCUAAAAUUAAAGCAGUACAUCAAACAUAUUGUGCUGGUCAUCCAAAAGCUGUUUGUAUACUUGAUAAAUAUAAAGAAGACCUGAAUACAUGGAUGGAGAAUGCUGGUGCUGUUUGUCCUGGGGUGCUAGUAUUGACAGCUGGCUUGUCAAAGCCAUUCAGACGAUUAGGGAAGUAUCCUGCCAUGCUUCAAGAAUUAGCGAGACAUGUGCAUGAGGCACAUCCUGACAGAGGUGAUACUCAUCGGGCAUCUGUUGUGUACAAGGAUAUUGCUAGUGGUUGUGCAGCACUACGGCGCCAAAAAGAACUGGAACUGCAAGUGGUAACUGGGGAAGUUCGGGGCUGGCCUGGUGGUGAGCUAGCCUCUCUUGGAGAUGUUUUACACAUGGGCAGCGUGGCUGUUGGCCCCUCCCAUCAAGACAGAUAUCUUGUUCUUUUCCCUUCAGCACUGCUUUUAUUAUCAGUCAGCAAAAGAGUCUCGGCUUUUGUGUAUGAGGGUUGUCUUCCUUUAACAGGUAUAACGGUUUGCAAAUUAGAUGAUACAGAUACCAGAAAGAAUGCAUUUGAAAUAAGUGGACCAAUGAUAGAUACCAUAAUAGCAGUUUGUCAAACCAGAGCAGAAGCUGAUAACUGGGUGAGCCUGUUGCAAAAGCACUCCAAUACCAGUAGUCCUGCUCAUGAACCUGGACAGCCACAAUCUUUGCCUCAUUUGACCCGCUCUCCUUCCGAAGGGGCGUUGUCUAGCAUCAAUUCUAGUCGCCGCAGCCUUUAUCACGUGACACUACCACCGCCUAGCUACCCUUCUGCAUCACCUUAUUAUUCGUUGACUAAAUAUUUCGCAAGACUUGUUAAGAAAAAAGUUAUUACUAGACAAAUGCUACGUAAACUUUUACAUGAAAGAACCUGGGCUAAGGCUUUUGAAUUAACAGGAAUGCCAGUAUUAAGGAGACAUAAAAAUCAUAUACGGUUGCGAAUAGAUAAUGAUGGUGUGAUAGCUGCUGAAACUGAAUAUUCAGAUAGUGACGAUAGUGAUCAGGAUACUGAAUCGUAUGCGAGUUCGAGCUAUACUAAUACUGAAGCUAGCAGCAGCAACAAAAUAUUGAGACAAGAUGCUAUGGAUACUCCUAGAACAAUGUCCUCCUGUAGCAGUUGGGAUAGUAAUUUUGAUUAUGUGCAUUAUUUUAAUAAGUCUAACGUUGGGCAUUUAGUUGAAAGUCAAGAAAUAAACAAAGCAGAUUGUACACAAAAAAUAUUUGGUACUAUUGCAGGCAGCAAUAAAAUUCACAACACCCUUAGAACUAUAGACAGUGGACAACAUUACCAAAUAAGUUCUUCAGGUAGUGCAAACUAUUUAAAUCCGCUUGUCUUACAUUCCGAAAGUACUGAUAAUUCCAUUUUCGAGGUUAAACCCUACAUGGCUUGUGAGGAUCUAGUUAACAUGGAUCAAAAUAUGCAAAUUGAACUUGGAAACGAUGAACACGACUUCAUACCAACAAGACGGAGUUUUCCUAAUCGUAGUGCUAAAAACGAUACAGUUCCAAAGCUUUGGAAAUCGACAGAGGAAGAUUACACUCACCACGAAGAUAGUGUUCAAGAGUCGCUAGUUUCUAAUGUUUUACAAAAUCUAGAUCCACCAUCACCCAAACAGAUAUAUAGUCCUAUAGAAUCUAUUAUAUUAGACCCUCCACCAAUGUUCCGCAAUGACGAAGAGAAUAUGAAAAUAAUUAACGUAAACCUCAAUACUAAUGUUCCAUUCCGAAAGCACUCUCUUAAUUCGGAUAAAAGAAUAAGGCGAUCUAUGUCGAGGUCAAUGGUAGAAUCUGAAAAUUACCAUCGCAAAGAAGAUCCUAGUUUGAUCAGAAUGAGUUCACAGUCUGAGCGUCAUAAAGUACACAAAAAGUGUGAAUGUUGUAAUAGAUCACUGUGCCCCAGUCCCCGUUCGUCUGACUCUGGUGUUGUAGGCAGUUGUAACUUAGCAUCUCCAGAGUUAAAUAUGCAUGAAUAUGCGAGCUCGGGAACAGCUGGUAAUGAAUCAGACUCGCACGACAAGGGGUCUCAUCAUGCCCAAGAUUCUUUAACUAAUUUAUCUGAAGGAAGUUUCGACUCUGAUCGUAGGAAGAAGGUCACCUUAUCAGAAAUAGAGGCAGCUGCUUUCGAAGAACAGUGUAGAUGUACUUCACCUUUUGGAUCCACAGCUCGAACUUCUUGUGUGACAAGUGCAACCUCAGAGAAUAGUCUCGAUGUAAUAGAUUCGUCUAACGUCAACGUUACGUCCACCUCUGUAUCGUCUACUAUGGCUACGCCAAAUAUUAAACGUACUUCUAUAAGACGAAACAUUGAAAGUUAUAUUCCUGUAAUCAAAUUGAAACCUGAUCCUCCGCCUAGGUUGUACAGGAAACCGAGUACUCAUAUAGAAUUGCCGAAAAACGUGCGACAGCCGUUACCUUGUCAGUGGAGUACUCUGAAUAUAACCGAAAAAACAAAACCAAGUUUACACUAUCACAUGCGAAUCUAUCGAGAUCCAGCUGAAAUGAAAAAUACAAUUAUUGAGAGGCAGUCUCGCGUCAACGCGCCUCGUAACCGUGACUUAUUUGGUAAAGAGAACAAGCAAAACGUUGAUGCGCAUAAUACAGAAAUGCGUAAAACGCGAUCUCGUAGUGAGGACUUGACAAAGAUGCAGAAGGGUUUAGCUGAGGGUCAGUCUGGCUUUGUGGUGUAUCGUUCAGAUUUGUACGCACACUGGUGGAUGAAAGCAAAGUUACCGAUUACUGUGGUCACCGACUCAGGCAAGGAUUAUUCUUUUGUAAAGAGCUACUGA